AUGUUGUCAGAAGUAGGGGAUACGAGGAUCUUUGGUCUUGAAGUUAUCCACGAGACCACUGAAAAGAUUAAGGUCAUUAAGGAUAAACUAAAGAUAGCCCAAAGUAGGCAAAAGAGCUAUGCUGAUAUUAGGAGAAGGCAUUUGGAGUUUGAGGAGGGCGAUCAUAGGAUAGGUACCUCUACAUACAGAAUAGCUUUGCCACCCAAUUUAUCCAGUCUAUAUAAUGUUUUUCACGUCUCCCAGUUAAAGAAAUACAUUCCUAACCCUCAUCAAAUAUUGAGUCAUGAAUCUGUCCAACUCAAGUCAAACAUUACUUAUGAUCCAAUGCCAAUCCAAAUUAUAGAUAGAAGUGUAAAAGCAUUGAGAAGCAAAUAA